AGGUGGACCAUCGCAAAAACAGUUUCGGAGCAAGUCAACAAGAACCUGAAACACAGAUUAUUGUGCAAUGUCGGAGUUUGGUCGUGAUUGUCACACUCAUCUCUGCAGCUUGUUCAGAAUGCUAUUAUUUUUAAAGUAAAAGUAGACGGAAGGAGAAAUAGUCACCAACUAACUGGAUUAAAGUUAUAAAAAAAAUCUGAAGUAAAAAAUGGAGAGAUCUGCUGGAAGUGGGGUGAGGAGGCUGGCGCUCGCAACUGCAGGAAUCUGCCUUUGUUAUUCGCUGCACCGUAUCUAGCGACUUUAGCCAGCUAACAUCCAUUAUAACUACGAGAAGCGGGGGUUUCUACAUUUGCAAAUCUCCCCCCCCCUCCUCUCUCUGGGAAGUGGAUUCUCACUGUGGUGGUUUGGUGGUCGGCAGUGACCGGGUCAGACGGGGUGUUGGGGGUUUUUUUUGGGGCGUGGCCAGCGCGCGGGGGUCUGACGCCGCGCGGGCGAUGACGAUGGUCUGUGGCGUCCGGGCGGCAGGAUCGUGACAUGAUGGGCUGUGGGACGAGCAAGGUGCUCCCCGAGCCGCCCGCGGAGGUCCAGCUCGACCUGGUCAAGAAGGUGGAGGCCCACAUGAGCCAGCACACUGACCCGUACAGGCACUUCAUCCGGGACGGGGGCGGGGCCAGCAAAACGGGCGGGGAGAAGACGGCCCCGGCCUCGCCCUCUCCCCAGGCCCCGCCCCCUCCCGGCAGCCCCCCCGACCCCGCCGACCCCCGGCGCAGCAAGGCGGCCAAGUACCGGGCCAAGUUCGACCCGCGGGUGACAGCCAAGUACGACAUCAAGGCACUGAUCGGGCGGGGCAGCUUCAGCCGGGUGGUGCGGGUGGAGCACAAGAGCACGCGGCAGCCCUACGCCAUCAAGAUGAUCGAGACGCGCUGCCAGGAGGGCCGGGAGGUGUGCGAGUCGGAGCUGAACGUGCUGCGCCGUGUUCGCCACACCAACAUCAUCCAGCUGAUGGAGGUGUUCGAGACGGCCGAGCGCGUGUACAUGGUGAUGGAGCUGGCCACGGGCGGCGAGCUGUUCGACCGCAUCAUCGCCCGCGGCUCCUUCACCGAGCGCGACGCCACGCGCGUCCUGCAGAUGGUGCUGGACGGCGUCAAGUACCUGCACACGCUGGGCAUCACGCACCGCGACCUCAAGCCCGAGAACCUGCUGUACUACCAUCCCGGAGCUGACUCUAAGAUCAUGAUCACCGACUUCGGCCUGGCCAGCACUCGCAAGAAGGGCAACGAGUGCCUGAUGAAGACCACCUGCGGCACGCCGGAGUACAUCGCCCCCGAGAUCCUGGUGCGCAAGCCCUACACCAACGCCGUGGACAUGUGGGCGCUGGGCGUCAUCUCCUACAUCCUGCUCAGCGGCACCAUGCCCUUCGAGGACGAGAACCGCACGCGUCUCUACCGGCAGAUCCUCAAGGGGAAGUACAGCUUCUCCGGAGAGCCCUGGCCAAACGUGUCCAACCUGGCGAAGGACUUCAUCGAGCGCGUGCUGACGGUGGACCCCAGCUCGCGGCUGACGGCGGGCCAGGCGCUGAAGCAUCCCUGGAUUGUCAGCAUGGCGGCCACGUCCUCCAUGAAGAACCUGCACCGCUCCAUUUCCCAAAACCUCCUGAAGAGGGCGUCCUCACGCUGCCACAGCACCAAGUCCGCCCAGUCCACGCGCUCCAGCCGCUCCACCAAGUCCAACAAGUCGCGGCGCGCCAGAGAGCGCGAACUGAGAGAGCUCAACCGACGCUACCAGCAGCAGUACAACGGCUGAGAGCGUGCCUGCCUCUCCUCCCGGCCCACACACACACAC